UUUGUUGUCUCACGUUCACAGUAACAUUUCGCAAUUCGCAUACAUGUAGAGGAGAGAGAGAGAGAGAGGGAGAGACAUUUCAAGGGGGGAGAGAGAUGGAAGAAGCCAAAGCCGCACAACAGCAACUCAUGCUGCAACAACAGCAACAGCAGCGUCAACAACAACAGCAGCAGCAGCAGCAGCAGCGUCAACAACAGCACCAGCAGCAGCUCCUCUUUCAACAAUUCCAACAACAACAGCAGAAACAGCAGCAGCAGCAGCAGCAUCUUCAACAGCAGCAAUCGGCAAUCACUCGCUUCCCUUCCAACAUCGACGCCCACCUCAGGCCUCCCGGCCUUCAGCACCGCUCGCUCAACCCCCAACAACAACAAUCCCCCAAUCUGAACCCUAACCCUAGCCCUAAUUCUAUUCAGCAGAAUCAAAACCCUAACUCGAAUCCACAUCAGCAGCAGUCGCAGCAGCAGCAGCAGCUAGGGAAGGAAAUUCGGCCACAGCCCACAUCAGCGAAUCGAGCCGCGGCAGCAGCGGCGAAUGGGUACGGGCCCCAGAUGGCGUACAAGGAUGCGUACCAGGUCUGUCAUCCAGAUUUCAAACGCCCUUUCUCUUCCCUUGAAGACGCCUGCGAAAGGUUACUACCAUAUCACGUGGUGGCUGAUUAUGAAGCUGAAGAGGACGACAGGAUCCUCGAUUCUGACACGACAGGUCAGAUGUUAUCUCGCUCGCAGCAAUGGGACCACAACAUUGCUGCCAAAGUGGCAGAGUUUACUGCCACCUUUGAGAAACAAGCUCUAGCCUUCAAUAUCAUAUCGCGCAAACGAUCUGUUGGGGAAUUCAGGUCAGAGGAGAGGUUGAUGAUCGAGCAGGCUCUGCUACAAGAAGAGAGAAAAGCCAUGUUUGAACUGAGGGCAGAAAUGGAAAAAGCUGGUCGAGAGGCUCACGAGGCCAAGUUGCGGAUGGCCGCCAUGGUUAAGGCGGAGCAAACUCGUGCUGCCGAGUCACAUAUGGCUCGUGCACCGAUACGAGCAAGUGCUCUUGGGUCCCACGGAAGUGGCGAUCUUGGGAUAGGUGAUGAGAUGCUGGGUGAAGAUGAAGAGGGAGAUAAUCCGGAUGUAAAUGAGUGGGGAAGCAAUGCUCAGAGAGAGGAGAGAGAACCGUCUGAAGAUUUCUUGAAUGAUGAAGAGACUGAGAAUGGAGAAACAAGCAUGCAACACGAGUGGCGUGAUGUGGGAGAGUUUGAUUUGAACACCAGAUAAAUAAACUUUGCUGCUGAGUAUUUGUGGGUGGGAGUUGAUCUUUGUUAGUCUGCAGGAAGGUGGUUUAUUUUAGGUAUGAAGGAUGUACUUGGAUUUGAAUUAAAAUGGAUGCGUUUGUUAUGCUUAUUUAAGUUGAUCCGUUUAGGGCAAAA